UGCGGGGCAGUGAAAGCAAUAAGUACCAGGUAUGUUUCAGUAAAACCGGAGAUUUCAAGGAGUAUGAUUGCCCACCAAAUCUUAAGUUUAAUGAAGCAACAAGAAGCUGUACGGUUUCUUUGAAUCCGUAUGGAAUGUGCACUACUGUCGGUGAAACCUUAGAAAUCCCUGAUGCUGAUUGUACACUAUAUAUUGAAUGUGAUAAAGAGCUGGACCCAGUUACUUACACCUGUGAUGCCGGUGAAUUAUUCAACCCUCUUUACCAAAAAUGUGUUUCGGAUACUGAAUAUGAUUGCGAUAAUGAUAUUCCCGAUUGCUUCAAUACAAAAUUCCAAAAUAGAAAAUGGGUUGACAAAGAAAGCUGUGACUCCUACUACGAAUGCGUCGGAGAUAUUCUUGUAAGUCGGACAUGUCCUAGCGGAAUGUUCUUAGACGUUCACACGCAAGCUUGCAUGCACAGCUCCGCUGUCAAUGGUGCAUGCACAGUUCCAAAACCCCAGCCCAAUUUACUAGUGAAUGUGAAAACUAUGUGCCAAGGAAACGUUGGGAAGUUUCUCCCGGAUCCCUACUAUUGUAAAGCUUAUUACUAUUGUGUCGACGAAUCAACGCCUUACUGGAGUCCUUGUUCAGAUGGAAGAUACUUUGAGAAUGAACUUUGUACUAAAACACGAGCUAGUAGCUGCAUUUGCGAAGAUUUAACAUGGGAAGACUCUGGUCCAAAAUCAGUGUCUGUUCCACAUCCUGAUAAGACAAAAUUCUACGUGUGUAGAGAAGGAGAUCCACCCGAGGAGAAGACCUGCCCAGCAGGCACCACAUUCAAUCCAACAAAGAAAAUGUGUUCCUCGUGAUUCAGGGGAUAUGUCAGACAACAUGCGUGAUGCUUGAUCAAAUUCACUGAAAAUAAAUUAGAAGAUUU